CGGUAGCUAGUGUGUUUGCGCGCGCGCGUCUGGGAAUGUGGGGCUGUGUGUGAGGGAGCGCGAGCGCCCACGUCUGUCUGCGCGCUGCGCGCUGAGCGCCGGUACCUGCUAGUGCCUGCUUUCUCCGUCGUCGCCGCCGUCUGCUGGAGCGUUUGCUCUUCUCCCGAGUCUCUGGUUCAGCAUGCAGGAAGAAGCAAGGAGUGAGGAAAAGCAGAACUAAUGGGCCAUGAGGAUGUAAGUGUGUUUGAAGGCUGCCCUACAUACCACUCCAGGACAGAAUCAUGAAUAAACUGGAGGACAAGCAGGACCAGAUGAUACCAUGAAGAGAAGUUUACAGGUCCUCUAUUGCCAACUGUUUAGUGUUCUCUUGAUCUUGGCACUGACAGAAGAGCUGGUAUUUGCCACCCAGGAACCAUCACUUGGGAGCCCUGAGAUGGACACUCCCCCUGUUGUUAUGACGACAGUGCCCCCCAGUUCCAUCAGUCACCGUGCCACAGAGCCUGCCCCCACCACCGUGCUGGCGUCAGCUCCCCCGACCAGCGGAGGCCCCCUGACAGAUGCUGCCCCCACCACUGUGGCAAAGAAACCCCCCCACGCCAAGAAACACUCCCUAACAAACUCCACCCCUGCCACGGGGGUGACGGCCACCCGCCGCCCACCACGUCCCCCUGGCUCUUCGAGGAAGGCUGCUCGCCUUUUCCCACCCGCGGCCAGUGCUGGGGUGGGCAGGAAGGAGACUCAGAGGGCCCGCAACCAGAGUGCCCUUCAUGUGGGGCAGACGCGUCCUCUCGGGAAAAUCUUUCAGAUUUACAAAGGCAACUUCACGAGGCCCACGGAGCCCCCUUCCCAGAGGGAGCCCCCUCCCUCAUCUCCCACCUCCAAACAUCCAAUUUACAAUGGCUCCUCUGAUGCUCCGAGGCCCGAGCUCCUGGCUGCUGCCACAGAGCCCGAUGGCCUAGCGUGGGCACCCACUACGGACUCUCCCCUGGGGGCCAAGAUGAAAGGCCUCAGGGAGGCAGAACACGAGAGCAGCCCCUCCCAAGCCAGCCACGGAAGGGCGCCCAACGCUAUGGCCACGGCCACGACCACGGCCGCUGAGCCCCCCACUGAUACAGAAACCACAACAGUGCCUUCUCAGCCCCCGCACAGUGACCUGCCCCAGGAUGGCCCAAGACUCCCCCAGCCCCCAGGAACCAGCGUACCUUUGUUUGCCGAGCCCGGGGUCUCCCCGGCCCCAGGGGGCUCUGUCCAGGCUGCCUUUAACGUCAGUGUUUCAUCCCCGGUGGGGAGCCCUCAGGGAGCGUCUACUACAACCCAGCAGGCCCUGGUCAGCCCUUCUCGGCAUCCCAGCAGCGCCGUAUCUACCAGUGCUGAGGGGGAUGUGACCACGCCCACAGUGGCCGGCAGAGUGCCCAGCCCCCUUUCCACGGUGGGCUCCACAGCUACAGGGAACUUCCUAAACAGACUGGUCCCUGCGGGAACCUGGAAGCCUGGCAUGCCGGGGAACAUUUCCCAUGUCACUGAGGGGGACCAGCCUCAGCACAGAACCACCAUCUGCCUGAGCAAGAUGGACAUUGUGUGGGUGAUCCUGGCCAUCAGUGUGCCCAUCUCCUCCUGCUCAGUCUUGCUGACAGUGUGUUGCAUGAGGAGGAAGAAGAAAACAUCAAACCCAGAAAACAACCUGAGUUAUUGGAACAAUGCUAUCACCAUGGACUACUUCAACAGACAUGCUGUGGAGCUACCCAGGGAGAUCCAGUCCCUGGAAACUUCUGAGGACCAGCUCUCGGAGCCCCGCUCCCCAGCCAAUGGAGAUUACAGAGGCAGUGGGAUAGUACUUGUCAAUCCCUUCUGUCAAGAAACGCUGUUUGUAGGAAACGACCAAGUGUCUGAAAUCUAACCUGCACCAGCCUGCUCGCAUUACAAUUCUGUGCUUUCCGUCUCUAAAUUAUAAAUACCUAUAUAUAUUAUAAAUAUAACCUUUGUGUAACCCUGACUUAACAAGAAACAUUUUCAGCUUUUUUUUUUCCUAAGAAUUGUCAACAUCUUUUUUAUAAGUGUGGUUGAAAAGAAAUCUUUACAGAAUGACCUGUGGCUUUAUAAAAUAAAGUUAUUUCUAAGCAAAAUGGUCACACCGGUUGCUUCUCUUGGUAUCUGUCCUCAGAGUUAUGUGAGGGAAGUUAUUCUCACAAGACUCCCAGGUCAAGUAAGUUGCCUGACCUCCAGCGGGGUCUUCAGCCUGUGUCUGAUUUAUCCAUACUCCUAAUAUGGUCCUAAUAUGUAUUGCCAUUUCUGUGAUCCAUAGGGGCCCUCUCUUUUGAACCUGUUCCCCCAUUUCCUGAUGUUCCUCACAUGCCCCAGAGAAGGAACCAAGGUCAUUUGAGUGUAAGGGGUGACCAGAUUCACAGAGGGGAAGAAGGGCCACAGGAUCAUAAAAUUAGAGCUGAAAUGGACCUUAGAAGCGAUUGAUCCCAACCCUCCAUUUUACAGAUGAGGAAAGUGAGGCCCAGAUUGACCAAAUUAUUUGCCCAAGGUCCCAAAUGAAGUCGAUGACAGGGUUGUCCAAAGAAUCCAGGAUCUCUGACUACAAAAUCUCAGAGAGAUUUCUCUAGGGCAGCUAGCUGUCCAGACUAUUCUGUAACUUCAAAGUAGCUCCCAUUUGCUAUAAAGCAAAAUUCCAUCUAAGCUCUUAGAACUUGGUCAAGGAAGUAUAUUUAUGGAAGUACUGAAUGGACCUCCUCUUCAAUCAAUGCAGCUUAUGAGAAACUCACAAGACACAGCACCAAGAAAAAGCAUGGUGUAAUGAAAAAAGACCUGGGCUCAAAUUCUAUUUCUUCUGCUUACUACUUGUAACCCUGCAUAAGUUACUUCAUCUCUCUGGGUUUCAGUUUUCCUAUCUAUAAAACAAGGGAUUUGCCCUGGUUGGUAUUGAGCCCUUUCAUCCCUAAAUCCUGUGAAAGUACCAUAUGUCAUGGAACAGUAUGAUGGAAAAGAGUUUUGGUGGUCAUAAAAACACUUUGUCUUUUAACUCGUCUCCCAUUAGUAACUGUUAACAUUUAGAUGGGAGGAAAUUUGGGUUAGGGUCGCAGUUCAACUUUUUAAGAAGGGCAAGCCAUUUGUUGUCCACAAAAGAAUACUUAGGACAUGGUUGGUGAUCAAAUGUUUUGUAGGCUUUUUUGUAAUUGUGAAAAAUUAUAUGGGCACAUGGCUACUCUUGCCUUCUCAUGAAACUACCCUCCCCCUGCUGCACACUUCAGAAUGAGUCUGCCCAAGCCCAGAUCACCAUCUCACCUGGAUCUCCCCAGGAAUCCCAGAGUCUUUUCCAUCCAGUUCCUUCGAAUGCUUUAGUCACUGUUGAGUGCUCCAAUCCUCCCACCACUUCCACCAUUCCCCACCCACACAGGGAUCAGGAAAAUCAGUGACUCAGGAAGGACUCUUAAGGAGGGGUUGCUUUUCUUUCCUUAGCUAAUUAUCUAGAUCCUUGGGAAAAGAUAUUUUUACCUCAUUAGCAGUGGGGUGGGUGGCUGGAUGGGUCUCUAGGGCCCCUUCCAACAUUAAGAUUCUAUGACCCAGAAGACUUUGAGUUUAAUUAAGUGAGGCAAGAUUACAUUAAAGAGUUCCAAUUCAGUAUUUAUCAUUUGAUAACUGAUUUUUAAAUAGAAUAUAUUUUGAAUAUGUGUCAUUGUGAUCUGACGGGGAAUCCAAUAAUUAUCGCUUCAUCUACUUGUGUCAUGGCAUUAGACUUUGUACCAUGAUUUUUUUCUUUCCUCUCCCGUUUCCUUUGAAGAAAAAAGAUGACCUUCAAUGUGUGUGUCUUCCCUGUUGUAUGAGCCUACCUGUGUGAGUUAUUUUGUCGUCUCUACUCUGAAGACUUUACCUUACCCACUAGGGGAACUGUGGCUUAGGGAACCAUUAUUACCUGUCUCUGCUGUUUUUUUUUUUAACCUGAACAUAGUAUUUCUGUUAGCCUACUGUGCUUAGCAUACCAAUGUGUGUAUAUAUAGAGAUACAUAUGUAAAGUAAAUCUAUAUAUAAUAUAUGUAAUCAAAGAUGCAUAUGUUAUAUAUAUAUAUAUGAACGUAUAACCUAUUUUUCUUGAUCUAUAAUAUUCAGCUACU